CCCCAAAAAACAGUUCAAGCAAUGACACGAACACCACAAUACUAAAUUUAACCACAGAUGAACAACUCAACAACACCUUUUCAUGGUCAGACUUAGAAACAUCACAAGAAGAUACAACAAUAAUAUAG